AUGUCUAUCUCUCCCUCUCCGUCUCGCUCUCUCUCCCCCUCUGGCUUCGUCUUAUUGCUGUCCCACACUCAUCCUAAUUCAUCUUCACCUUCCCGAUUCUCCAUCAUUUUCGACAGAGCCCUAGGGUUUUUGGGCGUGAAAAACAACGAUAAUCUUUCUCUCGCUGGAGAUUACUAUAUUCUUGCACCGCUUAAAAGCCCGAGGCUUCCGUGGGCACAUGAGAGAUCCCUUGAAGUGGUCCAUGUAUUGUCCGAAAAUCAUUGGACGUCUUGUUGUGUCAUUACCAUGAGGAAAUUUCAGGAUAUCUGUGAGGGAUCGGAGGAGAAAGCACUUGCAAUCUUGGGGUGCAAAGCGGAUCCAAUUCAGUAUAUGAAUCGCGUCCUCCCGAGCCCCGCGGCCACCACGGCAUCCUGGCCGAUAAUAGGAAGACGUUCGAUA